AUGCACGCGCAAGAGAAAGGGUGCCAUCCUUUCACGUCAGAUUUAGUUAGACGACGCGCUCUGCAUUCUAGCCCCAGCUCUGAUUUGGCGACAACCAUUAUUGCAAAACGCAGCCAAGUGAUUUGUUUAUUAAACGACACCAACUCCGCACUUGAAGGUGUCAGCCGCUAUAUCAAAGAUAAUGCUGUGCAAUUUACUAAGCGUAGUAUUCCACAUUCAACCCAACGACGACACCACCGGCCUGUACAUGUUUUACUUGAUGUUUUUGUCGGAACAAUGCCUUCCUUCCUGCACCAUCUCAUUCUAAGGCUAAUCGCAAUCUGGCAUUGUUAUCGCUAUGCGCUUACAUCCAAUCGCUGA